AUGCAUCAGACGGAUCAAACUAGAGUCUAUGCUCUCGUGAACGUGACCAGUGACCCUCUUAUGCAGCUUGCUACAACCUAUACCGCAGACGAAAUCGCAUAUGUCAAGCGGCUGUUGGAUGCCAUGUUCGAAACGAAUAACACGAUACGUGAGGAGGCUAUGGUGGUGUCCUCAAUGAAAGCUGUGCAAUUGGCGAAAGCGACGGGCAACAAUAGUCGACGGGAGUCUCAAAGUGCCACUCAAGCCGCGGCGUCGCAGCCUUUAACCAUGAGGGAGGCUGAGGAUAUGCUGAAACGGCUGGUUGAAGAAGGGUGGCUCGAAAAGAGCAGGAAGGGCAACUAUUCAUUAACACCACGUGCGUUGAUGGAGCUGAAGACGUGGCUUAUUGAAUCGUAUAAUGAUGAUGAGGACGGCGGCGAACUCGAUAAUGAGCAAAGGCAUGAUAAAAUCAAGACAUGCUUUGCGUGCAAGGAACUCAUCACGGCGAUUGCUUAUUCGAUUGCAGGGCCAACGGUGUUCUCAGCGCCAAUGCCCAGCACGUCUGCAUGA